AUGAGUACGAGUGAAACAACAACAAUGACAGCACCGAAUCCUGUUGCAUCACGGAUACCGAAGAAAACCGUGAAAGAUUUUAAGUUUAUCAAAGAAAUCGGCAAUGGAGCCUAUUCAACUGUCUUUCUCGCGAUAGAAAACGGCAGUAAUCGUGAAUUAGCGAUUAAAGCGGUUUCCAAAGAAUUAGUAACAAGAUUAAAAAAGAUCUCUCAAGUCUUUCGAGAAAAGGAUAUUUUAGCUCGCCUCACUGAUUGUCCUUACGCUGUCAAACUUUAUUGUACAUUUCAAGACGAAAAAACCCUUUAUUUUGGUCUCACUUAUUGUCCAAAUGGUGAUCUUCUACAAUAUAUCACAGAUGCUGGUCAUCUCGAAGAAGACGUAGUACGAUUUUAUUCAGCUGAACUAGUCGAAGCACUUGAACAGCUACACAAUCGACACAUCGUUCAUCGUGAUCUGAAACCCGAAAAUAUACUAUUAACUGAUGAUAUGCACAUUCAAUUAACUGAUUUUGGCUCAGGUGUAAUUAUUGAAAAUAAUAAUGCUGACUCUCAAUCAGAUGAUAGAAAAUCUAGUGAUGAAGAAAAGAAAUUGAAACGAACCAAUUCAUUCGUGGGUACUGCUCAAUUCGUAGCACCGGAAAUCUUAAAACGUGGUGCUAUUCAUGUUGGAUCUGAUUUAUGGUCAUUGGGCUGUAUUAUAUAUCAAAUGACUACGGGUAAACAUUUAUUUCGCGGGAGUCACGAAUAUGACAUCUAUAAUGCUGUUUCUCGUGCUGCUUAUAAAUUACCUGAUGAAUUUCCUUCGCUUACCGCUGAUCUCGUUCGAAAUCUCAUCGUGCUUGAACCGAGCGCACGAUUAGGAAGCGAAGAAACGGGUGGAAUGGCCAAACUCAAAUUACAUCCAUUUUUUAGUCAAUUCUCGUACGAUAACAAAUGGGGUAAUCUUCUAGAUCAGCGAUCUCCGCUCGAAGCCAAAGAAAAACUUAGUUCAAGACCUAAACUCAGCAAUGACGAGCUUCAAACAAUAUCGUCAGGUUUCGAUGAUCGUGUCGAAGCACGUUUGAUCGGUUUACGUAUGGCCGCUGAUGCUCCGAGUGGAUUAGAUGCUAUUGUCACUGGCUCAUCAAAUAUGUCACUAACGAAAACGACCCCGUCUUUAAAUAAAACAGAUAGUCAAAGUUCAUCGUCGGAUCAGAGUAAUGCAUCAUCUUUGUAUAGUUCAUCAUCACAAAACGGAUUAUUUAAUAAUAAUGCACCAGUAACAGCGCGAAGACUGCAAUCUCCAGACUAUGCCCUCUCAUUAUCCGAGCAAGCGUCCAAGAAUGUGUACCAUAAGUUUGUUCAAAAUAACCUGAUUAUCAAACAAGGAAUAUUGGAUAAGAAAAAAGGCUUAUUUGCUAAACGACGAAUGUUUCUGAUUACUGAAGGGCCUGCGAUAUUUUAUGUUGACCCAGAUGCCAUGGAAUUGAAAGGAACGAUUUCAUGGACAGCGGAUCUUCGCCUGGAACAAAAAGAUAUGAAAACGUUUCUUAUUCAUGUGCCUGGUCGAGCAUAUCAUUUGACUGAUCCUGAACAAGAUGCAACUUCGUGGUGUAAAAGUCUUGCACAAAUUCAUUCCCGAUACUACAGUACAGAUCCUAAUCGAAAACUCUCGACUACGACAACCUAUUCUUCUGGAUCCUUAUCUUCUAUGCCUCCUAGUACUGUUCCGGUGACCGAACUCUAA